ACCUUCAUCUUCACGGACGGGGAGGAUGAGGAGCUGAAGAAGCAAGCACGAAAUGUCAUCAACACCAACUGCUCGGCCGCCCACAGCCGGCAGGCGCUCUCCUGCAAGAUGGCUGUGGAGUAUGACAAGUUCAUCGAGUCCGGCAGAAAGUGGUUUUGCCACGUGGACGAUGACAACUACGUGAACGUGCGGACGCUGGUGAAGCUGCUCUCCAGCUACCCCCACACGCAGGACAUUUACAUCGGGAAGCCCAGCCUGGACCGGCCCAUCCAGGCGACGGAGAGGAUCAGCGAGAGCAAGAUGCACCCGGUGCAUUUCUGGUUCGCCACAGGCGGAGCGGGGUUUUGUAUCAGCCGGGGGCUGGCGCUGAAGAUGAGCCCGUGGGCCAGUGGGGGCCACUUCAUGAGCACGGCGGAGAAGAUCCGCCUGCCUGACGACUGCACCAUCGGCUACAUCAUCGAGUCCGUGCUGGGGGUGAAGCUCAUCCGGAGCAACCUCUUCCACUCACACCUGGAGAACCUCCACCAGGUGCCCAAGACGGAGAUCCACAAGCAGGUGACACUAAGCUACGGCAUGUUCGAAAACAAGCGCAACUCCAUCCACAUGAAGGGAGCCUUCUCCGUCGAGGAGGACCCAUCCAGGUUCCGCUCCGUGCACUGCCUACUGUACCCCGACACGCCGUGGUGCCCCGCCAACGUCGUUUACUAGGAGACACGUGUCCCCUUUCAACCUCGUCCCCAAUUUCCCCGGUAUCCGACGGGUGUGCGGGACCUGCGUGCGGGUGUGUCGGUCCGGCCUUGCCGCGAGGUGGACAGACGGACGGACGGACGUCGUUGCUGUGGUAUUGCACAGUGUGUGUGUACUGAAGGCUGCUGUGC